UCGUUUAUCUUCCCCAAUCCCAUCAGAAAAACCACAGAAGAGCUUGAGACGGAAGCGGAAGGUAAACGGGAUGUCGUCUUCAUUAGAACAACUCGAAAAUCAACUGGAAACCUUCAUCGAGAAUGUCCGGCAGAUUGGAAUCCUCGUCAGCGAUUUCCAGCCGCAGGGACAGACCAUCUUGAAUCAGAAGUUGCAAAAUAUGAUUACAAACAUACAGGACAUUGACAAGUUACGGUCUGCUGUUCAGGAUGUCCAUGUGCCUCUUGAAGUUUUUGAAUACAUUGAUGGAGGGAGAAACCCACAGCUGUACACAAAAGACUGUAUGGAGAAGGCACUUACCAAAAAUGAACAGGUUAAUGGACGCAUUGAUGCUUACAAGAGGUUUAAAGCAAUGCUUUUGGUUGAGCUCUCCCAUGUGUUCCCCAAUGAAAUGACAAGAUAUCGUGCUGUGAGGGAAGAAUUAGGUUAAGAAAUUUGAUAAAAAUGUGAAAAUACCAUAAAUAAAAUCCAUAUCUGAUGUACCCUAACUGUAAUCUAGGAAAUUUUGCACAUCUCCCUGCUCAAUAUGCUGAAAAGGAAAGGUGGUUAUGCAGACUUUCUUAUUUAUUUUGUCAUUGGAAAAAAUUGUGAUUAAAAUUAUAGAUUGGAGGCUCCAUUUGUUUUAUAUGAGGUUUGUUUUUGUAAUAUAUGUAUAAUUAGGUGUAUUGUGUGAUGGUCACUUUUUUAUCUGUGCUAAUUAAAAGGCAUAGUCUUUCCUUUGGUAUGUAAACAUUAAGGAAUAAAGUAAUAUAUGAUUAGGUUUUGGAGAAUAGGAAUACAUUUUUUAUAUGAGUCAAGUCAAUCACUAAUAAAUGUAUGAAAACACAAA